AUGGUGGCGCCCGAAACCUGCUCCAUCAGAAUCAUCCGCACGGCCCCGCGAGCGGUCUUCAUCCACCGCCGCUUCGACGUGGAGUGGUCGCUGCGCGACGCCCAAGGCGCAUUGAUCGCUCGGCUGGCCGUGCUCGCAAUCAAGAACAUCAAGGUGGUCCACAAGGGGGAUUCCAGGCCCGUCGCUGCCGUGAACGAGCAGGCCCUCGAGGCAAAACUGGUCCAGGCACUGGACGAGAGCAACCUGACGCUGCUGGAGCGCAAUGCCGUGUGGCCCUCCAAGCAGGCCCGCAAGUACUCAGAGCAUUGCCGCCAUGUGGCGAUCUUCGGUUGGUAUGCCAUGUUCGCCCUUAGUUUUCCGCUCCCUCAGACCAACCGACCGGUGCGAGGACUGUACUUCGACGAAUCUGGGCGCACGGGGGGUAUGACGUUCCGGCGGCUACUGUUCGCCUUGGUUGUUCGAACCUUGAAGAGAACCGAAGCUCUUCAGCUCGGAAGGGGACGGGAGGGUCCGUGA